AGAGAGAGAAAGAGAGAGAGAGGGAGAGAGAGAGCGGUAGACUGGGGUAAAGAGAGAGAGAGAGAAAGAGAGAGAGAGAGAGAGAGCGGGCGAGCAGCAGGCUCUCGGACUUCUCUUCUCCUUACAGUCGGAGUGAACUGCGGGGGAAGACGGAGUGGAUUGCAACAGUCCUCGACAGCGGAAAGAGCCUCAAAUAAGGAUUGUUUUAUCGACUCACAACUCCCCCUUUAGUUUGAAUUUUCUCCCACGUCGUUUUUUGGAAAUUGACAAACAGGAACUUUUCGCUUCUGUGGAGUUUGGAGAGACGUUUUUUUUUUCUUCUUCCAGAUAUGGACAGUCGGCGACCCGCUGCAGGGAGCGACUGGCCGGUGUAUACUCUGUAGUCGCGGGAGUACGACUGAAAACUCGCCUUCUGGGACUUUUUACUGGAUGUUUGAUGAAGCGUUUCGCAGUUGUGGUCAGUUCUCGGACACCGUGGAUUUACCAGGUUCAGGAACGGAGAGAUACGCGCGAUUCCCAGUCGACGAUCAGAAGGAUUUACGCUUCUAAAGUUGCAGGAAAAACAUGGAGACUGUAAGUCGGCAGGGCUUCCAGCCUCAUCCGGGACUGCAACAAACUCUCAAGCAGUUUCACAUCAGCUCUAUGAGCUCUCUUGGCGGACCGGCGGCUUUCUCUGCCCGGUGGCAACAUGAGCUCCUCUUCAAGAAGGAGGGUAAGGAGCCCGAGCCCGUCCUGCAGCAUCUGCCGCCACCGGUGAUGCCGGGCCCGCUGUUCAUCCCGUCGGACCGCUCCACGGAGAGGUGCGAGACGGUGCUGGAGGGCGAGACCAUCUCGUGCUUCGUGGUUGGCGGGGAGAAGCGACUGUGCCUGCCGCAGAUCCUUAACACGGUGCUGCGGGACUUCUCCCUGCAGCAGAUCAACUCGGUUUGCGACGACCUGCACAUCUACUGCUCGCGGUGCACGGCGGACCAGCUGGAGAUCCUCAAAGUCAUGGGGAUCCUGCCCUUCUCCGCGCCGUCCUGCGGCCUCAUCACCAAGACGGACGCGGAGCGGCUCUGCAACGCCCUGAUCUACGGAGGCGCCUACCCGCCGCGCUGCAAGAAGGAGCCGAGCGGCGGCUCGCUGGAGCUGGAGCUCACCGAGAGGAGCUUCAAAGUCUACCACGAGUGUUUCGGCAAGUGCAAGGGCUUGUUCGUGCCGGAGCUGUACAGCGGCCCCAACGCAGCGUGCAUCCAGUGCAUGGACUGCAGACUCAUGUACCCGACGCACAAGUUCGUGGUGCACAGUCACAAGGCACAGGAGAACAGGACUUGCCACUGGGGCUUCGACUCGGCCAACUGGAGGGCGUACAUCCUCUUGGGCCAGGAUUACUCGGGGAAAGAGGAGAAGGCUCGCCUGGAGCAGCUCCUGGACGAGAUCAAGGAGAAAUUCGACUUCGCCAACAAGUACAAGAGGAAAGCAUCGUCCAGGGACUCGGAUCCCGUCCCGAUCAAAAAGUCUAAAUAUGAUGACUUCCCAUCGCAACCCCUGCUGGCGGACAAAGAGAAGCAGCACGACUGGCUGCAGUCCCUGUGCGCCUCCAACAAGGGGCUCAACUGCAUUCAGCCCAGACAGAGGCCCUCAGCGUUCAGACCCUGGUCCCCUCACGUCUCUGCUGACAAGGAGUCGUCCAGUCACCCGCUGGCCUUGCUGAGAGACAGCUUCUACAACUACAAGAGCCUGGAGAAAGCUUUGGCCCCCAAUGUCGCCCUGGCACCACUGGCCCUGGGGAAGGUGGACCCCAUGUCCCCGUCGGUACCCAGCACCUCCCAUCCAAGUGGGGGGGAACCCCCAGGCGAGGGCGCCAACUCCAGGCCUCGCAAAAGGAAAGCCACAGGGGAGCUCCAGUCCCCGGCACCAGAGGCCCCCUGCCCUCCAUCCUCAGCUGCCAGCAAACCGCCAGCGCCUCAGGACGACAGGGACUCUGAGGUGGAGAUCGAGGUGGAGAGCCGCGACGAAUUCACUUCAUCUCUGUCCUCCCUGUCGUCACCGUCCUUCACCUCCUCCAGCAGCUCGGCCAAGGACCUGAGCUCGCCCGGCGUCCAAGGGCCCAUCUGCACCGUGGCGUCGGUAGAGGGCACCGCAGCCCUCGAGCGUCCAACGGCCGCGCCCGUCCCAGCCGCCGUGCCCCCUUCGGAGCUGGGGCUGGAGUCUGAGCUGGAGAGCCUGAGGCAGGCGCUGGACAGCGGACUGGACUCCAAAGAGUCAAAGGAGAAGUUUCUGCACGAGAUUGUUAAGAUGAGGGUGAAGCAGGAGGAGAAGUUGGGAUCGGCCUUGCAGGCCAAGCGCAGCCUCCAGCAGGAGCUGGAGUUCUUGCGGGUGGCCAAGAAGGAGAAGCUGCGGGAGGCGACCGAGGCGAAGCGAAACCUGAGGAAGGAAAUUGAGCGCCUGCGAGCCGAGAGCGAGAAGAAGAUGAAGGAAGCCAACGAGUCGCGGGUCCGCCUGAAGCGGGAGCUGGAGCAGGCCCGGCAGCUCAGAGUGUGCGAUAAAGGCUGCGAAGCCGGGCGUCUUCGUGCAAAGUACUCUGCACAGAUCGAGGACCUCCAGAUGAAGCUGCAGCACGCCGAGGCGGACCGCGAGCAGCUCCGAGCCGACCUGCUGCAAGAGCGGGAGGCCAGGGAGCACCUGGAGAGGGUGGUGAAGGAGCUACAGCAUCAACUCUGGCCCAAAUCCCACAGCGACAAGGAGGGGACGCCAAAGGACACGCCAGCAGACAACUAAUCCAGUACCCAACCUCGCCGCCCGACCCCCCCCCCCCCCCCCCCCCCCCCUUUCCCCAUCGCCACAAUCCCCAACAUCAUCUGCCCAUAAACACACCCACAUCGCAGCCACUGUCCAUCUCGCUCGCCCUCCAGAACGCAACGAUGAAAGACUCUCGAUCAGAGACGGAGAGAAGAAACAAGGAGCUGUUCCUCAUCCAUGAGAAGUCAAGUGAGUGGAAAUGGCAAAGUAGAAUGCUGCAUCCAGGAAAAAGGUGUUUCUAAAUCAAGCACUGACUCGCACCUUCCAAACUCGGAGAACUACACCAAUGAAAGAAAAACAGCACAACGUGUGGUGAGACUUCAAAUAAAUGGGUGCCAUUUAUACUUAUGAUAAUAAAUGCUGAGAGAUGAUCAUAUUAUAUUGGAGUUAUACAGCUGUUGAGGUGUCCAGGAGGGCGGGCUCAUCGUUCUCUGCCACCGUCCCUCACAAUGACGAAGAUGAUGGAGGGUUUUGAAGACAUUCUAAGCUAUUUAAUAGACUACAUAGCGAAAAGUGUAAAGACAAAAAAAGGACAGUUUCUUUAUCUCUCUGUGCUAUUGAAGUUUGAAGAAAUAUAAAAGAUAGAAAUAAAUCAGAAGAUUAACAAAGCAAGCAAAUGAACUUCCCACAGUGCCACCGUGGUUUUGUCGGUUUUCUUUCAAGAAGCCAUCGCCGUCCACUGAGGGGAAAGCUUUUCUUCCCACUGUUGUUUUAUAAAACCAUGUGUUUCUCCGAGCAGUGGGCGGGCUUUUAUUUGCGCUGAUAUUUUUCUCUCCUUGGCGCAAAGCCCCGGGUUGGAACUAAAAACAUGCCGUGUUAAAGAGCACUUGUUUUGGAUGAUCAACACCAAUACUAACUCAUACACUGGUCGCAGUUUGAUAUUUUAAGCAUUUGGGUCAAAACCCUGAAGUGUGUAUCUUGUAAAGAUAAAAUACUCCAGAUGUUUUCUGGUCUUGUAACGCUCAGUGAUGAAGACCGGCAUGUUUUUUUUUACUCCAGCUGACAUCCGACGCCAUCACCUAUGAUGUCAUAGUGAUGUCAUAGUGGACUGGAUGGGGCGCCCUUGGCAACAACCACAAAAUGUUCAUUUUUAUUAAAUUAAGGUAUGUAAAUAUAAAUGUAUGUUGUUGUUUCGUUUCUUUUGACUUUACAAUAAUGAAUCGCACUUUGUCAUAACGAGAUACUGUUAUAAUGCAUUGUACUCCCACUAUUGUCUUCAAUCUUACUUUGAAAACAUCAUUGUAUACAUGACUGCUACCAUAUAAAUCCAGUAAGCAUUUUGUUGAUUAUAUGCAUCUCGAAUAAAUACUAUUGUUCUGUUUCCUUAAAGGCAAAGUCUUGUAAAUAAACGGAAAGAAAAAGAGGCUCUGCCUGUUGCUUGCUGAUGCAGUCUGGGAUCGUUGGAACGUUUCUCCCGCUUUUGUAAUAUAAUUGACACAAAUGUCGCUCAAGCACCCGGUUUACGACUCCCAAACAAUUUGACACAACGUAAUUGACAGCAUGCGUCCGUCAGGUGAACUGUUUAUCGGAAGCCUGAAGAAAAAAAAGUCACAUGUUGGAAGAAUAAAAUCCGAUUUUAUUCCAAAGGCAGAGGCCACGAAUCUGCCGUCACACAGUGGGUACAAUGCAAUCAGAAUGUACAUUGUGUUAAAUGCUACAUUUUCCUUUUUUGGUUGUUGAUGUUGUUUUUAAACGUGGAGAUAUUUUAUUGCUUGUCUGUUAUGUUCACUUCUUUUUUUUUUUUUUUUUCAAUUGAAAACUCAUUUGCUUUAUGCAUGAAAUUUGAGUUUGCCAUACUUAGAGUCAGUUAUUGGGCAUUGAUGCUGUACAUGUAAAAGGUUUUAUUGUGUUAUGCAAUUUAAAGCAAUUUGUCUUAUUUAGAAGAGGAAAAAGGGUAAUAAAAAAAAAUUAAAAAAACACACAUUAUAUUGCUCUUAAGUAAAAAAUUAACUUCACACUUGCAAAAAAACAAAAGAAGAAUAAGAAUAAAAUAAAGUGGAUGCAAUGCUGGACAACCUCAAGUGCCUGGAUGCGGGCGAAAGGUUUCCAGAGUAGAAAAACUGAUGACAAAGCUGUCAGGGCGGGGCCUCUCAUCAACUUCCUGUCUGCAGGUUUCUAAUUAAAAGCCCCAGCUCUUUUUAUCAGUAUUCUUAAAAGCAACCAGUUUACAAACGUUGUGUUCUUUGAACAAAUGCUAGACGCUCGAGACUUGUUUCCCCCUGAGCGAGUGCUGUAUUUCCUUCAUUUGAAAUCAAUGAUAUGCAUGUUCAAACAAUUUUUAUAGAAGAUCUUGAAAAGCCACUUGUUACUUUGGGUUGUAUAUAAAGACCGUCGAGGAUAAUAAAGAGGGCAUUACUUUAAGAGCCCUUUUCUUACCUAACACAUUGAUGUUGCUCAGAGAUCUGCGUCUGUGACUUUAUCAGACCUUAAAUUGGUACAUUUUGUAGUUGUUUUUACACUCAAAAGAGUCGAUAGCCUGUGUGUAGUUUACUUUACUCAUGGUUUUCUACAAAAGAAGGGAGACAAUAACGACAUUGGCUCUUCACUCUCCCACGCAAAACGUUAAAGAAUUAGUUUAACAGCGUCUUGUUUUCGAAAGGAGAACCAUUUUGCUAAAUAAUGGACAGUAAAGCAGCAAUAACAGUCCAUAUUAAUAGACGCAUAACUAGCCAGUGUGAAGAUUUGAAUAAGAAUUUACAAAUGUAAAUAUUUUUUCAUUUACAAUAUUGUAUAAUAUAUGUACAUUGUGUUUCCUUUUUCAAAAAGAAAUCUUUUCUUACAAUAGCUGUUUUUUUUGUUGUUUUUUUUAAUUUGUGUUUGAACUGAACAGCAGUGCGUAAGAGAAUAUUCCCUACAUAAACAUUUUAAAACUUUUUUCUUUUUUUUUCUUUUUUUUUACUGUAGAGUCUUUAUAUUGAAUGACUUUUUUCACCAGUUCAUAUAUAUUUUUAAGAGUAUGUUCAGUAUCAGAUAGCAGGCCUGCCGUAUGGGUCACACACACGACUACGCCACCUUGCAGAUUGUUUCCUCCUCAUCCUCAUGUAUCGUUUUAGCCCUGUGCUGCUGCUAAUACUAUAUAAACCUUACAAUUCUAGAACUAUUUUUAUGUAAGAGGUAAAUGUAAGCUUUCCCAUUUAUUAAUGCCACAUAUACAGUAUGGAAAAAAAAAGCUUGGCUUCUUCAUCUAUCCUCCUUGUUUCCCUCAUCUUUUCACGCCUUUUUCCUCAUCCCUCCUUCAGCAACACCCUUCCUCUUCUCUCACGACACGGACUAUAUUGUAAAGUAAAGGACUUUAUGAGAUUAUGUUUGAAAAUAGCUAUGCUUAUAUACUACAGUGACUGAAUGUACAGUGUAUAGAUGCAUUACCAGAAAUAAAGAUGUUUGUCCAGAUUGAA